UAUACUUUUUUCUCACUCUCUCCUCCUUCCCUGCAAUUCUCUCUCUCUCGCCGACCGCCUCUCCUAUAUUGCGAGCUCUAUAUCGUAACGGGGCCCACUUUCCGGCGACUUCGAUUCCCUCUGAUCUCCGGCGAUCCCUCCAUUCCUUCGUCACAAUCGUCCCAUUUUCCAACCCAGAGGCUGGUAUUGAUGCCAGUUGUGAAACUAAGGCCCAGUGGCACCCCAGAUGCUAUGAAAUCAGAGGGGAAUGAUUCUCUUGACACUUUUAUCAAACAGGCAAUAGGAAAGAGCCUCCCCUUUCUUUCUCAAGGACAGGAGACAACCCAGUGCAGUGGAUCCAAUUACUUCACGCCUUAGAUCAGCAAGAUCUUCCAGGGUGGCCCUUGCUAUCUCCAUUGAAGAUUCAGAUGCAGAAGUGCGAAAAGUGUUCCCGGGAAUUUUGUUCCCCGAUCAACUAUCGGAGACAUAGUCGUGUGCACCGCCGAUCUCUAAAUGUUAAUAAGGAGUCUGAUAAAUAUAGAGAUCUAUUGCGAGCAUUUUGUGAUAAGCUAUCUUUGGACGAGGUUAAGGAAAUUGUGUCACUCAAGGAUGUGACUCUAGAGGAAGUUCCUGGGUCUUCAGUCAUUCAGGCAUUGACAUCAUUUAUCCGGAAACCAGGAUUUUGUGCUCUCCCGCAACUAUAUGUGAAGGCUGGGUCUGCACUUUUGGAUAUCAUCCAAGCUAGACCUUCCAGGCUUCCUAUAUCCUCCCAGGAACUAUUCGGCAUCCUUGAUGAUGCAAGCGAGAGGACAUUCUUAUGUGCUGGUACAGCUGAAUCAGUGCAAAGGUAUGUUUUUGAUGGGGAAGCUGGGAAAAUUGGACUCGAGAUGAAGAACUUGGUUGCUUGCACCAGCUUCCUUAUUGAACAGAAAUUGGUCAGAGCAUGGUUUGCGGACAAGGACGCUGAAGCUUUGAGAUGCCAGAAGUUGCUUGUGGAGGAGGAAGAAGCUGCUCAGAAAAGGCAAGCUGAGCUGUUGGAAAGGAAAAGGCAGAAGAAGCUAAGGCAGAAGGAACAGAAACUCAAAGAGCAAGUGAACGGGGAGACGGAAGAUUUAAAGGUCCCUGCCAAUACAUUGAACAGUUCACCUUCUGCAGAAUCAUCUAGUUCAAACACCCUAGAGACACUGACGGAUCACGUUCCCUCACUUCUUGAACCUAUCCAAUCCUCAAUCACUGAAGAAGAUGCUGAUACUGAAACUCAAAAUGGAUUCAGCAGUGAGCAGUCUGAUUCAGGCACUUACUCAAAUGUCGAACGCCAAACAGCGCACAGAAGUGGUCGUAGGAUUUUAGUUAUUUCUCGAUGGCAGGUGCCAAAAUCACAAAGGGGUGGACGAAAUGGCUUUCAUGCAAAUCAGAAUCCUCAAGUUUUGAAAACUGAACCUGUGCAGAAGCAUGGUGCACCUAGGGAAGCAAGGUCUGCUCAAGUAAUCAACGGCAAUAAAAUUUGGACCCGGAAGCCAAAAUCAGAGAAUGAUGGGGAGAAUUUGAAAUCUAGAUUACAGAAAGAGGCAGUAAACCAAGCAGAUCAAAAUUGUGAGGUGAUGAUUGGUUCUAUAUCGGUGACAUUGGGGAGCUGUACUGCUCAGCAGCCAAGUGACAGCCUGGGUGAGCAUGCAAUGUCAAAGUACAGUGGUGAUGAGAAGACCGUAAAAUCUGAUUCUGUUCAGGGUGUUUCAAAUCGAUCCGUGGUUAAGCUUUGGAGGCCAGUGAGUCGGCAUGAAACCAGAGAUCCAACGCCAGUUCAAAGUGACAGUGGAGAAUCUAGAGAGGACAUAAUAAUACGAAAAGGCAAUUAUCAACCGGUGUCUAGUGAAAGCUGUCUAAGGUCUUAUGCUUUGGAUGGUAAUGGUAAUGAGAGCGAGGACAACAAUUCUCACCCACUCGUGGAAGAAAGUGUUCAGCCAGAAGACUGUCCCUUUUCAAGCCAUGCUGCAAAAGCUUUUCUUGCAUAUAGGUGGAAGGAGGCUAUUGCAGCAGAUCAUGUGAAAUUGGUCCUAGCCCCAGAAUCCGAACCUCCAGGAUGCCCUGACACUGAAAAUGACUAUCAAGUAGUAAUACCAUCAUCAGAUGAUCACGGACGUCACGUUCUUGGCAAUGCAGAGAACCUGCUGGACAGCACGGUGGCUUUGGAGUCUAUGACAACCGGAACAGUUAAAGCCAAGUUCAGAACAAAGCCGGAAAAGGGUAUAAAGAUAAAGUACAUCCCCAAACAGAAACAGUUAACUGAGGGAAAGUGAACAAGAUAGUGAAGUUGGUUAUGUUAAAACCUGAUGUGCAUUACACCCAUCUCCUCCAUUACAUUCUUAGCUCAGAGGUUCCAGUUUUUACCAGAUGGUCUUCUGUUGGAAAAUUUGAAGAAAGGUUUUGCCGGAAAAUAUUUUACAGUUCCAUCCUUUUUCUUAUCUGGGAUUGUCUCAAGAUUUUGGUUAGUGAGUUUUUUUUGUUUUUUGGGUCUCAAUUGUUUAAAAUUCUGUAAUAAAUUGGGGUUUUAGUGUCAUUGCAGAGUUACAUUUUGUGCGUUUAAUUUUGGCCAUUUUUCAUCUCUUGUGCUCUGUGUUUUGUGAAUGGAACAGUACAUAAUGGAACUAAAGGUUUUUGGCCCCUUGAGACAA